ACGCGGCCGGCCUGCUGCUCCUGCUCUUGCCUGAGGCCUAUUGGGCCCCAACUGAGGUGGGAGAUCCACAGCCUGGACGCAAAAGGCCCCUGGAACUGAAGGGAUGGGUCGGUCUUCCAAGGACAAGAGGGACAUUUACUACCGUCUGGCCAAAGAGGAGGGCUGGCGGGCCCGCAGCGCUUUCAAACUGCUGCAGCUGGAUGAGGAGUUUCAACUCUUCCAGGGGGUACGUCGUGCCGUGGAUCUGUGCGCCGCACCGGGCAGUUGGAGCCAAGUCCUGAGCCGUAAACUGAAGGGGUCAGACACGGCGAGCACCAUCGUGGCGGUGGACCUCCAGGCCAUGGCUCCUCUUCCAGGGGUCAUUCAGAUCCAAGGGGAUAUCACUAAGGUAUCCACAGCCCAGGAGAUCAUCCGGCAUUUUGAGGGGCAGCCGGCCGAUCUGGUGGUGUGUGACGGAGCCCCUGACGUGACCGGGCUGCACGACAUCGACGAGUACAUUCAGGCCCAGUUGCUGUUGGCGGCACUGAACAUCACCACCCACGUCUUGAAGCCGGGGGGCACCUUCGUGGCCAAGAUCUUCCGGGGCCGAGACGUCACCCUGCUCUACUCCCAGCUCCGCAUCUUCUUCCCGGACGUCACCUGCGCCAAGCCCCGCAGCAGUCGCAACUCCAGCAUUGAAGCCUUUGUGGUUUGUCGUGGCUUUGCCCCGCCUGCCGGCUACGUCCCCAACAUGGCCAACCCCCUCCUGGACCACCGCUAUGACCUGGACUUCAACCAGCUGGAGGGGCCCAACCGCGUGAUCGUGCCCUUCUUGGCUUGCGGCGACCUCAGCGCCUACGACGCUGACCGCACCUACCCGCUCCAGCUGACCGGGGGCCCGGCUUACAGGUACAAGGCCCCGCCUCAGCCCCCCAUCCGUCCGCCGUACCAGAAGGCUUGUUUCCUCAAGAAGAACAACCUGCUGGCCAAGGAUCCCGAGCCCAGCGUCCUGGAGAGCGUGGCUAAGGACGCUGAGGCCCUGGAGCAGCGGGAGCCCAGCCUCCUCCAAAGUGUGGCCGAGGCCCUGGACUCAUUUUCUGUGGCCCCUUGAGAGUGACAUCUCCUCGGGAGACGUUUUAACCCUCCGGUUGAAAAUUUCUAGCUUUGUCUAAUUCUGGUUCCUACAUUUGUGAUCGAUGGACCCAAGAACUAGGGGGGGAGGAAAGCCCCUUUCUCCAUUCUCUGCGGCCCCGCUCGCUCCCCGGGCCCGACCAUCCCGAACUAGGCCCCGGCCUCCCACCGCUCGAGAUCGGGUGGCUUCCAAAGUCUGGCCGGAGACUGCACUAUCCUUACGCAGAAUGGACAAUUCCCAAGAGCGGCAAGGAGCUGGAGACGGGGUUGUCCGUCCCGCCCCCGGGAGCUCCGGUGGCCGCUCCGGCUCAGAGCGGGAAGCAUCCGAGUAGUAAGACACGGCGACGCUACCGCAGUUUGGAAGCAAAGACUAAGGGGUACUGUUCAUCACCAUCAUCAUCAAUCGUAUUUAUUGAGCGCUUACUAUGUGCAGAGCACUGUACUAAGCGCUUGGGAAGUACAAAUUGGCAACACAUAGAGACAGUCCCUACCCUACAGUGGGCUCACAGUCCCCGUGAUCAUGGAAACGGGGAGAGCUCGAGUCUCAGAGUCAGGGGACCUGGGUUCUAAUCCUAACCCCACCACGGUUCUGCUGGUUGUCUUUGGGCGAGUCGGCUCUCUGGGCCUCAGUUUCCUCAACUGGAAAAUGGGGAUUAAAUAUCUGUUCUCUCCCUUAGACCGCGAGCCACGCGUAGGACAGAGACUGUGUCCGACCCCAUUAUCUUCUAUCUACCCCAGUGCUUAGUCCGUAGUAAGUGCUUGACAAACACCAUGGUUAUCCUCUUACUUUUUCCUAGUUAUUCGCCCUGUCACACCUACAGGGUGAGACUUCAGGCUAGGGACCACAUCUUGAACUGUUUUAUCUUUUAUUCGGCCCAAGGCUCGGCAUAGCGCUCGGGCCGUUGUAAGUGCUUAAUAAAUAGCUAGCGGGAAAAAGGCAAGA